CUAGCUCAACUUGACCUAUGAACAAAUAUAUAGCAUCUUUCACGGUAAAUCUAAAAAUUAUUUUUUGUUUACAGUAACUAGUGACGUUUUAAUGUACUAUUUUUUGAUAAGUUGAGAGUAUUAUAUUCAAGACAAAAUUUCCAGAAUGGGCAGAAGGGAAUGGAAUAUACAGCUGAAAGAAAAACAGAGCAGUCUUUGUUACUAGUACAACAACAUGUUCUAGAAUAGCUUAGUAAUGGACUAAUGGUUGAGGGAUGGUCUUUGCGCAUUCCCAUAGACAAUAGACAAGAAGGUGAGCCCAACCUCGCCUGAAUCAAUGAAUAUUCAUUCUGAAAGAGUUUGGAUGAUGCGUUCGAGGACUUGUCCGGGGGACUUUCCAACAUCACGGAACGUCCGUGUCAGUUUGGAUGAUGCCGCGGAAAUAUCUAUGGCGCCACCGCCGACUGCGGCAGCACCAGGACGAGGUCUGCCACCUCCACCACGGCGCAUCAUCUGCAACCUGUCAGCGGAGGAAGCUGCUAGACGUCGUCAUGAUGGAUUGUGCUAUAACUACGACGAGAGAUUUACGUAUGGGCAUCGCUGGCGCCAACACGAAUGUUUUCGUCAUUAUCGGCGAUUUCAAGGAGGAAGAUGGCGGUGGAGCAGGGGACGAGGUUGUUAAAAGGGAGGAGGAAUAUUGAUGCGUGACAAGCAUCUUGGGCCGAUCCCGUUAUUAUUAUUAAUGUUGUUGUUGUUGUUUUCGUAUUAUUAUUUGUUGGGAUAUUCAGUUAUUAUUCGGGUUAUUCGUAUUAGUUUGUGUCUAGAAUUGUUAUUAUUAUGUCUUGUCUAGGAAGUUAUUAUUUACUCACUUGUUGUUCUAGGAUUGGGUUUCCUUGUUAUAAGAGGAAGGGGUUUGUAGGAUUGGGUUUCAUUGUAUUCAUUGACAUUCCGGCGGAAUGAGUGGGAUCCAUGGGCCCAUUGUUUGGCGGACAAGUCCAACCUCCACAAAACGGGCCCAAUAAGCCCAGUUUAGACGCGUGUGUAGGUUUAUAUCGCAGCCCAAUGUCACCCAACACAUGCAUGCAAGUAUGCCGAUGGCGACAAAUUUCCAACCAGCUAAUUAGCUUUUCGGGCCUACCAUGUCUAGCUUAGCUCCUGAAGAACUAUCCAAGCUGCUUCCUCACUAUUUCCUUUUCCCACACACGAUUGGAAAAGCGAUAUUUCCGCCGAAUUACUAGUGCAGCAAAAAAAGGAGUAAUUUAAGAUGAAAAGUGUGGGUCGACAGCUAGUAAACAAGCCAAAGCCAAGCCGCCUCCAAGCCGAAGUCUAUACGAGACCAAAUUAUUAUCCCUGCGGGCCAUUAGUGAAAAGCCUCCAGACCAGAUUAUUCAGCAAUCAUGGAAAAUUGUGGACCAAAACGACGUCGGUCAAUAUCCGAUCAAAACCAAAAACCAAAUUAAGGCCUUCUGAUCCAAUUCCAGAUCAAAGUGGCAGCCCGAGUCGUAAAGGCACCGACAACUAUUAUUGACCGGGAAAAAAAGCCGGCUCCUUGCCUUGUGGAGUGGGAGGCCGGCGGACCGGCGAGACGACGAUGGACCUUUUCAACAAUGUCGUCCAACUGGCCGGUUGAACCAUGAAAUAUGAACGAACAUAGAAAUUAAUUGAACUCGGUUUGUAAUUCAUAGUAUAUAUAUGGUUCAGACUGGCGUACGUCAGUCGUAUACUAUAUGUCAGGUACUACAAGUGAGAUACCUCUAUCCAGACCAUGAAUUAAAUCGAGUUUGUGGCAUGAUAUGAUACCCUCCCUAACUUCUAAUGGAUAAACCCUGGGUACCGAUUUUCUAAACCCUAACCCAAAGUUUGAUUUAUUAAAAAACAAAAAUUGACCGUUGAGAUCGGCCGGAGCUCAUCUAAUUACAUCUAAAGGCUAGAUCACCUGACGUAUACUAUACGCCUGACGUACACCAGUCAUCCCAUAUAUAUAUUUGUAAGUCAUGUAACCACUGUAUGCUUUAAAAAAACCUAACCCAUAACCCCAAGUUUCCUCAUCAUAUUCAGACGACGUAUCGAGUAAGCCACGUGGGGGGUGGAUAGCUAGCUAUUGCUUUGGUCUAACGUAAAUUGAUCUUUAGUCAACUUUGGCUUAGUCUUCCAUGUUGAUUUUGUUCCUUGGAAGUUUGAAAAUUUUGCAAUCCAUCUCGAUUGUAGCCGAUGCAGCAAAAUACUAGUCUUGGCCAUUUCUUCAAUUUGUUUAUUGUUUUCUACAUUGCCUAGUCUAUCCGUUAAUAUACUUAAUAAUACGCUAAUUGUUAAAGGUUUCAGAUUUGUGAAGGACGAGGUGGGGAGCUUGUCACGAAGCUACCUAAAAUCCAGGUUGGUCGCCAUCACGUAAUUAAUUAAGAUCAAAUUACGGUGGCUAGAGACGACGAAUUUGUAUUUUAACAUUAUUGCUUAAAUCAAUUAUUCCGACUAGCAUUCUUGUUUUGUUUUUAUUAGAGUGUAUUUACUUACUACUCAUGUAUAUUUGAAACUAUCUAUGUUAACAGUAUAAUUCGCCACUUAUUUUUAUUCGUCACGUAAAAUUUUGGCGGAGGAUUAUCAGCUCAAGCAUAUCAAACGGGUUGGACCAGUUUAUACUUCGAGAACAACAAAUAUAUCGCUCUAUUAAUAUUUAUGUAUACUAUAAACUAAACGAACUUGCUAUAUAUCAUUGAGCCAGUUACCUGCAAAUCGUGGAAAGCAUGUUGGCAUAUAUAUGAGUGAACUGGAUCCGUCAUUCGACCAGUUAACUCCACAUAACAAGUCUAAAAUUAUAUUCCAUGAUCACAUUGUAUCCAAAUUCGAUAAAUGUUUCGUCCUAACAGCAACUAGAGUUUCGGGGAGAGAUAUUGAGCAUAGUUAUUAAAAUACGGUACGGGAAAGUUACAUAUAAAAUACGUACGGGUAUUUUACUUCACUUCUAAGCUAAUGUUACGUUUAAUAGUACGUUAAUAGUCAUAAAUAUGUUAAAUUAAUUAUUUUAAAAAUAAUUAAAAAUAUAAAUAAUUGUAAAGUUAACAAUUUAAUUCAUUAAAUACGGGAAUUAAAUGUGUUAUACAGGUUUUAUAUGUGUUUAAUAAGAAAGUCAUCAAAUGAACGGAAAAAAUAAAACGGCUUGAUAAUCAUACGGAUACGGAAGUUUUAAAUGUAUAAAAUACGUACGGGUACAUAUACGUGUAUUAAACAGAGUAUAGAGGCAAUUUUGGAUGAAAAUGAAAGAAUGCCUUUUUACUAUUAGAUUGGUUUAGAUUAUAUUAAGAGGAGCGGGAUUUAAAGAGGCUAACUCUAAUAAUUUAUCUAAUGUCAGAAAGCCAAGUGGCAAAACUCAUACUAAUUAAAACAACUAAAGAUCCUUUUUUUUUAAGUCGAUGCUGUUUCUUCAUGCGUUGUUGUUUUCAAAUCAAACCGGACGAAAGCAAGCUCGACUGAUUCUCGAAUAACCCGAGAAAUUAAACCACCUGUCUCCAACCUCGGAUGUUCAGCAACAAAGUGCAACAUCGUCAUCUUCAUGAUUCAAACCGAACCAAACUGAUUAGUAUAAAUCAAAACCGGUUAAAUCAAAUUUUCAACAGGGU